AUGGAGAACUGGAGGUGCACGAUAUUUCUAACCAUGUUGGUUACAAUCCUCCUCGUUCCCACUUUCGUAUUUAGCUUAUCUCCAGCUAUUACUGAUCCAAUAGUUCUUUCAUCAACCAGUAGCGGCAUUAUAAACCAGGACAGCAAAUUAGAAACUUACAUUGUCUUCUUAGAAAAACCAGAAGGCAUGGAGUCUGCAAAACCUGAAGAUCUAGAUAGUUGGUAUCAAUCAUUUUUACCAGCAGUUACUACCUCCAGCUCAAACCAACAGCGAUUGAUAUAUUCCUACCACAAUGUGGUCACAGGGUUUGCUGCAAAACUUACGAAGCAGGAAGCAAAGGCUAUGGAAAUGAAGGAAGGAUUCAUGUCAGCCCGACCCCAGAAUGUUUUGAAUGUUCAAACAACUCAUACUCCUGACUUCUUGGGUCUACAGAGGAAUUUGGGAUUUUGGAAUCAUUCAAAUUAUGGCAAAGGAGUGAUAGUUGGAGUCUUGGACACCGGAGUAACACCAAACCACCCUUCAUUUAGCGAUGAAGGAAUGCCUCCUCCACCUUCAAAAUGGAAAGGGAAGUGUGAAUUUAACGGUACCUUGUGUAACAACAAGCUUAUUGGUGCACGAAAUUUCUAUUCUGCUGGUAAACCCCCAACUGAUGGCCAUGGGCAUGGGACACACACAGCAAGCACAGCUGCAGGAAGCCCUGUCCAAGGUGCGAGCUUUUUCGACCAGUACAAUGGCACUGCAGUUGGCAUAGCAUCAUCAGCUCACUUGGCAAUAUAUCAAGUUUGUAGCGAGUUUGGUUCUUGCUCGGAAAGCGACAUAUUAGCUGGAAUGGAUGCCGCAGUGGAGGAUGGCUGCGAUGUGCUUUCACUAUCCCUUGGUGGUCCAUCACGUCCUUUCUAUGAUGAUUCAAUUGCAAUUGGAGCUUUUGGUGCAAUUCAAAAGGGCAUUUUCGUGAGUUGUGCUGCUGGGAAUUCAGGUCCCUCCAACGAGUCAUUAUCAAAUGAGGCACCAUGGAUCCUAACUGUAGGAGCAAGUACCGUUGACAGAAGCAUAAGAGCAACAGUAAUGCUUGGAAAUAACGCUCAAUAUGAUGGGGAAUCCUUUUACCAACCUAAAAAUUUCUCUUCAUCAUUGUUACCACUUUUUUAUGCAGGUUCCAAUGGUAAUGAAUCAGGUGCAUUCUGCGAUCCUGGGUCCUUGAAAGAUGUCGAUGUCAGGGAAAAGGUUGUGUUGUGUGAAAGAGGUGGAUUUUCAGGAUUAAUUGAUAAAGGCCAAGUAGUGAAGGAUGCUGGUGGUGCUGCAAUGAUUGUCAUGAAUGAUGAGGUUUCUGGCAAUGUUACCACAGCCAGUCUCCAUGUAUUACCGGCAUCACAUGUUAGUUAUGCAGAUGGAUUGAGCAUCAAAGCCUAUAUAAACUCAACAGCAUCACCAAUGGCCACAAUACUUUUUAAAGGCACUGUUUUUGGUGUCCCAUAUGCCCCCCAGGUUGCUACCUUUUCCUCCAGAGGCCCUAGUUUGGCGUGUCCUGGGAUCUUGAAACCGGACAUCUUAGGUCCUGGUGUUCUCAUUCUAGCUGCUUGGCUUCAUCCAGUGGAUAACAGAGCGAAUACUACGCCCGGCUUUAAUGUGAUCUCUGGCACCUCAAUGGCUACUCCUCAUCUUAGUGGCAUUGCAGCACUGCUCAAGAGCUCACACCCUGAAUGGUCACCUGCAGCCAUAAAAUCUGCAAUCAUGACUACUGCUAAUUUAACCAAUCUUGGAGGCAUGCCUAUUACUGAUCAAUUCUUUGAUCCAGUUGAUGUCUUUGGCAUCGGUUCAGGCCAUGUUAACCCAACAAAAGCAGAUGAUCCGGGACUUGUUUAUGACAUCCAACCUGACGAUUACAUUCCUUACUUAUGCGGUCUUGGUUACAAUAACACAGAGGUCGGAAUCAUCGUGCAGCGCCCUGUGACAUGCUCAAACAGUUCAAGCAUACCUGAAGCACAACUAAACUAUCCUUCAUUUUCUAUAAAAUUGGGUUCUAUUCCUCAGACAUACACAAGGACAGUAACAAAUGUUGGCCCUUCUAAAUCAUCUUACAUUGCUGAGAUCAAUUCACCACAAGGUGUUGAUGUUAAGGUAACACCUAGUGGGAUUCAAUUCGGCGGGGGAGAUCUGAAAGCAACAUAUUCAGUGACAUUUACUCGAACCGCCAACGUGAACGUGCCAUUUGCUCAGGGAUAUCUGAAUUGGGUUUCUGCUGAUCAUGUUGUUAGGAGCCCUAUUGCUGUUAUUUUUUAA